CUGGAGCUGCAGGUUUGAUUAGAGCCCUUUACCAGCUACAGUUUAUUUUACUUUCACAUCUCUGUUAUGUAGUUUUUAGACAGAUAUUUUGAGUCAGCAUCGUCGUUUUAGGUUAUCCAAGUGUAACUGUUUAUCGUUUGACAUCUUAAAGUAGGCUAAUCAACGCAUUUAACAGUUAACAGUACACAGUCGGUGCGAAAACAACGUUUCUUUAGAAAAAUCUCCUCAAGAUCGAUAGAUAUCUUUUAUAUAGGCCUACUAAAAUUAAGCAGACGUCAUGUCACCUGUGGAUGUAUGGGUAGGCUCUUGGAGGCCCCAUAAGCCAAGGGGCCCCAUUGCUGCAAUGUAUAACAGUCCAGGGCCAACAUAUGCUCUGCCAGGGGCAACUGGAAUGAAUAAUCAUGACCCACGUAUGCAGAAAGGCCCAGCGUUUAGCUUCGGCAUACGUCAUCACAACUUUCAUGGCAACUAUUCUCCAGGACCCGGAUACCUCGUUCCCUCCAACAUCACGAGGGUGGGUCGGGAUGGGACACCUGCGUACUCUGUCUAUGGCCGUCGCAAGGAUAUCCAGCCCUUCCAGACCCCUGGCCCAGGCAGUUACUCUCCUGAAAAUGCAACAAAAGCCACCUAUCUCUCACCCCCUGCAUUCACCUUAUCUGCAAGGACUAAGUUGUUCCGUAAUGACCAAACUCCAGGUCCAGCUGCGUACAUGCUUCCCCCAGUUUUAGGACCAAAAGUUGUAAAUAAAACAUCUGCCCCAAACGUCUCCUUCAGCGGUCGUAGUGCAAUCGGCAGCUUCCAUGAAGAUCUACGAAAGACUCCAGGCCCAGGGACGUACCAAGUGGUGGAUCCAUGUGUGUACAAACACAAAGGGCCUCAGUACAGUAUGACAGGUCGUAACAUGAUGCCUGGAGACAUGACCAAGAAGCCAGGACCUGGAGCCCACUAUCCAGAAAUGGUUUGCUUCACAAGAGCCAAAGCUCCCAGCUUCUCCUUUGGAAUUCGUCAUUCUGAGUACGUCGCUCCAACAAUUGUGGAUGGUGAAGAUUAAGCAGGUCAUUUCGAAAUAAAUUCUGUCACCUAAGCUA